AUGUCACAGACGAGAGCGUUACAUUUCGUCUUUAAAGUUGGAAAUAGGAAGGAGACAGUCAAAUUUUUCCGCGAUGUUCUCGGAAUGAAGUUUCUCCGUCAUGAAAAGUUUGAAGAAGGCUGCAAAGCUGCGUGCAAUGGGCCAUAUGAUGGUAAAUGGAGCAAGACCAUGGUUGGGUAUGGACCUGAAGAUUCACAUUUUGUAAUUGAGCUUACUUACAACUAUGGCAUUGGAAGUUACAAGCUGGGUAAUGAUUUUCUGGGCAUCACCAUUCACUCCAACACCAUCGUGGAUAGAGCACAACAGUGUGGUUACCCCUUCACCACGGAGAAAGAUGUUAGUAUCUUAACCUCACCUGAUGGCUACAAGUUUAACAUUAUCAACAAGGCUGCACAAGGAGAUCCAGUCAAACAGAUUUCAUUAGCUUCCUCGAACCUGACACAAUCAGUGGAUUACUGGAGCCGACUUUGUGGAAUGACCAUCUACAAUCAAGAUGCGAAAUCAGCCAUUCUCGGCUACGAUGAGAACCAGUGCAAGCUAGAGUUGGUUGAUAUAGGGCAGAAGGUGGAUCAUGCUACAGCGUUUGGGAGAGUUGCAUUUGCUUGUCCUGGUGCAGAAUUACCAAGUCUGGAAGAAAAGAUGAGGUCAGAAAACCAGACAAUACUGACUCCACUGGUUAGCCUUGAUACGCCUGGGAAAGCCACGGUUCAGGUUGUCAUCCUAGCAGAUCCUGAUGGACAUGAGAUCUGUUUUGUUGGAGCUGAAGCAUUUAAAGAGCUUUCUCAAGUUGAUCCAGCAGCCGAUGAUUUGCUACAGAAGGCAAUUGAUGCGGACAAGAGUGACGAAUGGUUUGCAAAGAAAGGUAAAUCAAAAGAGUCAGCCUAA